UGGCACGCUUGCACUGGGCCUGCAUGACCCGCGCGUAAUCGCCCGUGCGUCCUCGUGCAUUUCGAAGCCACCUGCAUCAUAUGUUCUACACGGCCUGCGACCGUUGGCGAUGACGACUUGCCAGCGCUAUCUGACCGGCUUUCCCUUCGUUGGGGAAUACACUAGCAUAGAGUUCCAAGAGGAAGUUCCCAUCUACCGCAUCUGUUCUCUCUGCGGCGCCGUGCCCUCGGAACUGUACCUGACCAAAUGCUCGCAUUUCUUCUGCCCAAAGUGCUUCUCCAAACUGAAGGAGGACGACGCAUUCACCUGCCCCGUGGAUAACACCAAGAGCCUCCCGGAUCAGCUCUACCACGACACGACAUCUGCAGAGAUCUUGCAGGGCUUCAAGGUGGCUUGUCCGAACAAGGGAAACGGAUGCGACCACAUCGGGCCUCUGAAUAGUCUCAAGGAGCACGUCAGCACUUGCGGCUAUCACGGCGUCCAGUGCGGCAUCUGCAUGAAAGAGCUCAAGCAUCAGGACGUGGCGACGCAUCUCAAGACCGAAUGUCAGAGGAAUCUUCAGCAGCAAGAGGCCGGCGAAGGGUCCGCGGUUGCCGGCUUCGCCAGGGACGACGUGGCCAUGUACACCAACGCGGAGGCUUGCCAGAUCAGCGAAGUCCGCGAGAAACUGGACGAUGUCUGUCGCGAGGUCAAGUCUUUCAAAGAGAGCUUCGCCGAGUUUGAGGUGAUCCGCAGCACCGUCAACUCUUUCCAGGAAACGGUGAAGAGCGAGAUGAAGAAAAUGCGCGAGGACUCUGCCAUUGCCAGCAAAAGGAUCGUCGGAAAAAUCGAAAAGAUCCAGGGCUACCUGAAAGGAAGAAUCGACAGCAUCGAAGAUAAGUUCCGUUCCAGCAAGUUCGUCUGGCAGGUCAAGUAUUUUUACAAGCUGAAGGAGCAGGCUGUGGAGGGCAAGGCGAAGUCGUUUUUCAGCGACGAUUUCUACGUCGGAAUUCAGGGCUACAAGAUGUACCUGGGCGGUCACUUCGCGGAGAAGGACGACAAAGGCAAGACGUGUCUAAGUGUGUACGUCUACAUCACCAAGGGCCCAUAUGAUCCGACGCUCGAGUGGCCGUACAAGCGCAGGAGUACCUUCAUCAUCGUGGACCAGAAGAGCAAUACCUACCACAAGAUUGCCGAGAUUAUACCGGAAGAGCUGGGACCGGAGCUGGAGCACUGCUUCCAGAGGCCGAAGGAAGGUGAAAACGAAGGAAUCGGGUACACGGCCAUAAUGAGCUUGGAAGACAUCGAGAAUCCAGACAACGGCUACGUCGUCAACGACUCGUUCGUCAUUCACUUCAUCACCUGCGAAAUCUAGAAUCUUUUUUGUCUGUGGCGCAGUUUUUGCUUAGCGUAAGUACGAGCUACUGAGUGAUAAAAAAAAAAAACCGCGCGCGACUCUCGUAACGUCGAUUGUGAAAGAUUCUCAGCAAGAAUCGGCAAGCAUUCAGCAAUAAAAAAUGACGUAAAUGCUGCCUGUAA